CUCAAAAUGAUCAUGGCAGAGGUAAGAUUAAAAAUGUGAACAUGCUCCCCAAAGCAGCAGAGUGAACAGUAUCUGAGCUCUAAAAUUCUAUUUCUUUGUGAAAACCUAUCACCCAUGAAGAUAGUUCUAUCCAAUUAAGCCCAGCAGUUACCAAUUAACUGCAGCCUCUCAUGAAUUAGGCUUUACUUUGUUGUUUUUUAGAUGGCGUGCAGCAGUCGGAAACCAUAAUAUCUCUGGCAACUGUUAAUAUUCUGUAUUAAGACUUUGAUUAUUUCUACACUGAAGAAAACAAGGUGUGAGAUGGAAAUAAAAAUAUUCCUUAGGGAAUUCUCAUUGGAAAGAAGGAGGUAGAGAUUUCCUUUUAUUAUAGACUGUAUACCAAAUACGAGAGAAUGUGAACUGGGAUAUCCUUGCCAUGUUUUUCCAAAUUGAAUUUUUUUUUUUUCUGUUUUAGGUGAAUCUUAAAGCAUCUCAUGUAUAAUAAAAUAUUAUCGUUUGGUUUCUGUUAGGCACACCAUGGAACAUAGUAUGCCUUAAAUUCUUUUUACACAUGAACUCAAAAAUGCUAGAAGUGGAAGCUGGAUGUGGUGGCUCACGCCUAUAAUCCCAGCAACUUGGGUGGUUGAGGCAAGAGGAUUGCAAGUUCAAGGCUAGCCUCUGCAACUUAGAGAGGCCCUAAGAAACUUAGUAAGACCCUGUUUCAAAAUAAAAAGGGCUGGGGAUAUGGCUCAAUGGUUAAGCACCCCUAGAUUUAAACCCUGGUACCAAAAUAUAAAAAAAUAAAGAAGUUACUAUACUAAUUACUAGUAAUCUUUCAUUGAUUUACAUUUCUUUCUGAUUUUAGCCCCUGAUUCUACAUGUGUGUUCUUCCUCUGAAUUAUAAAACUCAGGUUAAAACAGAAACAUCUGGUCUUUGACAUAAAUUGUCUCAAAUUGCAAAAUAUACACAGAUGUUUAGUACAUAAAAAUGAUUUGGACAACAGUAAAUAGUUCUUCUGGGUAAUAACUUUGUCCACUCAAUUUGCUACCCAGUGAUAAUAGUUCUAUAUGUCAGCAAUCUAAAUAGGUUCUUGUGACUUUUUGGUAAAUGGAUAAUAUUCAAUAAUUAUUUAAAGAAUUCUGAAAGUAUAGUUUCAAUUUCUCCCUGGGUUCAGUCCCCAGUACCCAAAAAUAAAGAAGAUGCUUAGAGUUUAGUCUGGUAUAAUCUGCUCAUAACUAACUGCAAAGAUCUGUGGAACUUGAAAUCAGAUUGUUUUUCCUAAAGCCGUAACAAGUCUUUAGGAUUAAGUCUGUAUUUAGGUUCUCAUGCAAUACUCUUCCCUUUUCCUAAGUCAUUCUAAACUUUUUGGUUAAUUUAGAACUAACCAGUGACAUAGCAACCCUCUAGACAAGCACUUAACCCAGACAAGCCUUGGAUCUCACAAGGUGAUACUUGCUUCUCUGGGGUCAUACCUUACAAUUGAUUUAUGCUAGCUUUCAAGACAUGCCAAAUGGCAUAGCAGAUUUUGAGUUCUGCCUCCACUGAUGAUGGCUGUGCUAUUUCUGUGCAGCCCAAAGGUCAACCCAACAUGUUGAGCACAUUGGUAGAAAUGAGUGUACGGAGUGUCCUUUCUGCAUAUAGGAACUUCACUUUGUCAGCAAAAAAGGCUAACAAACUUUACUAUAUAUUUGUGCUUCUUGACAGAUAAAAUGGGAAUUACUAAGCUGUAAUCAGGCCUAAAAUGGCCUGAUUUAAUACAGAGACUUUUUCACUUCUCCAUCACAAUUAUUUGGGUAGCUUCGGCAUGCAGCAUUCUUUGCAGUUCCUGACCCCUUAAUGCCUGACCCUUCCAAACAACCAAAGAACCAGCUUAAUCCUAUUGGUUCAUUACAGGAAUUGGCUAUUCAUCAUGGCUGGAGACUUCCUGAAUAUACUCUUUCCCAGGAAGGAGGACCUGCUCAUAAGAGAGAAUAUACCACAAUUUGCAGGCUAGAGUCAUUUAUGGAAACUGGAAAGGGGGCAUCGAAGAAACAAGCCAAGAGAAAUGCUGCUGAAAAAUUUCUUGCCAAAUUUAGUAAUAUUUCUCCAGAGAACCACAUUUCUCUAACUAAUGUAGUAGGAAAUUCUUUAGGAUGCACUUGGCAUUCCUUGAGGAAUUCUCCUGGUGAAAAGAUCAACUUACUGAAAAGAAGCCUCCUUAGUAUUCCUAAUACAGAUUACAUCCAGCUGCUUAGUGAAAUUGCCAAGGAACAAGGUUUUAACAUAACGUAUUUGGAUAUAGAAGAACUGAGUGCAAAUGGGCAGUAUCAGUGUCUCGCCGAACUGUCAACCAGUCCUAUCACAGUCUGUCAUGGCUCCGGCAUCUCCUGUGGCAAUGCACAGAGUGAUGCCGCCCACAAUGCUUUGCAGUAUUUAAAGAUAAUAGCAGAAAGAAAGUAAACUUAGGGCAUCUUAGAAAGUCCUUCAGUAGCACAUAAAAAGUUUCCGUCACUCCUUCCCCAGUAAAACUUCUACUGUAUUGUUUGAGUUUGUGUGUUGUUUCCACAUCUCUUCGGAUUCCAUCAACACUCCAGAUUUAAUUAUCUCCUGGUAGUUAUUACUAAGCUCUUUUUAAUGGCUUCAACUUUGUAUUGGUAUAUUGUUUUUAUAAACUUUGUACCACGAAGCAGAGCAGGGCCAGGCAAAUGGGAGGAAGAAACUGCAUGUUUGAUAAUGAUGAUGAAGAAGAAGAAAAAGAAAUAAAACUACUGCUAGCAACAGUCUUACUGGUGCUUAAACAACUUCUUUUUUUUUUUUUUUUUUUGCGCAAGGCUUCCUAACGGGAAUUUGAAGGAAGCCCCUUUUAGGUUUAGAUGUUGAGAGAUGGCAUUAACAGACUUUUACUGAAUGUGAUUGUUAAAUUUCAGGGAACAUGAUUGGUCUCCUGUGUAUUUGAAACCAUGUAAUAAAGAGCUGUUGUUAUAAUGA